AAUCAGUUUUUUGAGGUGCCAUUUGAUUCAAACAUGAAUAGGACAAAGAACAGACCUCUGGUUCGUGGACAGAUCAGCCCGUUGCUAGCUGUGUCCUUUGCCACGUGCUGUGCCCUUCCAGGCGUCGCCCUCCUGACCUGGGGGGUGAACCCCCUCACGGGAGCCCUGGGGGUCUUCAACAUCUUCCUGUACACCUGUUGCUAUACCCCGCUGAAGAAGAUCAGCAUCGCCAACACGUGGGUCGGAGCCGUCGUCGGGGCCAUCCCGCCUGUCAUGGGCUGGACGGCAGCGACCGGCAGCCUGGACGCCGGAGCGUUUCUCCUGGGAGGGAUCCUCUACUCCUGGCAGUUCCCCCACUUCAACGCCCUGAGCUGGGGCCUCCGUGAAGACUACUCCCGCGGCGGCUACUGCAUGAUGUCGGUCACCCACCCGGCCCUGUGCCGGCGCGUCGCCCUGCGCCACUGCCUGGCCUUGAUCGGACUGUCCGCCGCCGCCCCCGUCCUGGACGUCACCACGUGGACCUUCCCCGCCAUCUCCCUCCCCAUCAACCUGUAUAUUUCCUACCUCGGCUUCCGGUUCUACGUCGACGCGGACCGGAAGAGCUCCCGGAAGCUGUUCUUCUGCAGCCUCUGGCACCUGCCCCUGUUUCUGCUGCUCAUGCUCACCUGCAAGCGGCCGCCAGGGGCGACCUGUGCCGGGGGGGAGCCUCGGGGUUGACCCCACGUGGGCGCGUGGGGAAACAAAAGCAAAAAAACGUACGGGGAGACGCACUUUUUUUUUUUUUUUUUUUUUUUUUGUGCUUUGCGGUGAGACCAGAAUAUUUUGUCAAUUCUAGAAGCGGAGAAGGGAAAUUGCCCGGUUUGGUAGGAGAUUGUAAAAUGAUUUGAUGCUCCGUGAUCACGCGACGUUUUUUUUAAUGGUAGCAUCCAAGAUGCGCCCCAAAUGAGAAAUGGGUUGGCUCAGGUGAUUAAUAAGAGAGAGAGAGUAUUUUUCUCUUUAAGAGUCUUUGUAGAUUUCUUCCUCUAACCCCCGACGGCCCCCUCCCCGUUGAUUUUCUUCUUUGUGGGGAGGUACAGGUCCACGUCUUCCCUUUCUAGCCACACACACACGCACGCACACACUCACAGACAAACACGCACACACACUCCCGGCCCGCCAGUCGGAAUGCUCCCUGGUGACCAGACGCGUUGAUCAGGAGUACUCGGUCUGGACUUUCUGUGUCCUCAGGUCCCCGGAGGGCCACAUCGGAGGAAGUGCGCCCUGCCGGCCCUCCCCGUGAAAGAGCCAGGGCCCCGAGUCCAGCUUUCUCACAUAUAUUCUCAACCGCAUACUCCCCCAAACAAUAAUAGAACCCGAAGGGUGUGCUGCCGGCCCAUCGCCAAGGGAGAAUUCCAAACGGUUGCCUAGGGGACCCCAGACGGGACUGCCAGCCCCUGGUCCACCCCCGUUACGUAUCAGCAUUUCAAAAACUCCAAGGAAUCAAAGGCAUCUUUAUAUAGUUCACUUGAAAAUACAGGAGGUGUCUGAAGCGUUUUCUUUCUGGAAGGGUGGCGCCAGACUUCGUACCAGCCAUCGGGCGGGCUCUGACCCCUUCGUGUCACCCGUCAGCCACCGGUUUGCUGCGCGGCUUCUCAAGGCCGAUGGAGAAGCGAAGACAAACAAACAAACAAACAAAAACGUGAGUAGGCCUAGCCAGCCACAGAGCUCGCGUUCGCGUCCCUUCGGUGGAAAACGCCGUUCUCUCCCGGGAUCUUCUGAACUCAGAAAUCAGCCUCCGUGCAUCCGGUGGCCAGAAGCUCGGGUCCGACUCUGGGCAGGGAUGCGUCCGUCCUGGGAGUUGUGCGAGCUAACCUGGAGCCAGGCACGUGUGGUCCCUUCCAUCCGUCCGUCCUUUACAUAUGGUCCUUGUCCGCUGUCGAAUCCCACUUGCCUGAAGGUCUCGAUGCUUAACGGGGUGUUUUCCUUGCUCAGUCUGUGGGGGCACUGCUGGGAUUCAUUGUGGGGAGUAUUUAAGGCGACAUUUAAACGGUCACUGCAGCCUGCCCGUUCUCAAAAUUGUCUAAAGCGACUGCCGAGAACAUGUGACCCCCGUUUCUACUUCUGUGCGGUAUUACCUCCCGGCUGUAUCCAGGUCCUUUCCUGUGGGGAACGUGGCAUAGGAAUGUCUGCAAAGAACGUCUACACCCUGUUGCAGCCCUCAGGUUUGUAAAAUGCCUCCAUUCUCUCCUGCUGCAAUAAACCAGUAGGUGAGAACAGCA